AUGAAAUUCGCCAAGGAGCUCGAGGAGCAGCUGGUUCCCGAAUGGCGAGCCAAAUACUUGGACUAUAAGGCUGGCAAGAAGAAACUCAAGGCCCUCAAUCGCGCCUUGCAAAAGAUAAACCGUACCCCGCGGACCCCGCGAACGCCUCAUACACCCCUUGCGCGCCGUUUCACCCAAAGUCUAGCUACCAACGAAACAUACACUCCCACACGAGGGCCAGACCGCUUCUCUGCGGCUGAUGCCAAUGGCAAUGGAACGCCUCGAAGUCGCGCGACACCCGUGCCAGUUCCCGAACGGCAGCCGUUGAGGAGAACGGCGUCACGGUUUGUGAACUCAGUGGGGUCCUACGGGAGUAUCCUGGCGACACCGCCAGCAGUGGCUGAAGCGCCGGAGCUGCCGUCUCUGGAACUGCCCGAUCCUGCGAUAGAUCCUCGUGCCAGCUACACAUUUGAGGAAGACACUGGUGACGACAAGUAUGAUAAUGCGCCUAGGCCGCCCUCGCGAAUUCGGAGAACUGUGACUCUGGACAGUGAGACGCGGCUCUCUGGCGAUGGCGGCUCGACACCCGGUUCGAGUAAAAAGAAAGGCGUAGGGUUCAAGGGCGGUUCGUCGCCAACAAUGAGCUCCGUCAGAAAACCUAGUCUCUUCAAACGAGUCCUCACCAGCGCGGGUGAAUGGGAGUCACCACGACCGGGAAAAGGGUACCAGGAUGCCCCUACAGAAUUUGAGCGACGACAGGACGAAUUCUUUGAGUUCCUGGAUAGCGAGUUAGAUAAGAUCGAGACUUUCUACAAGAUGAAAGAGCAAGAAGCGACGAACCGUCUGCAAAUUCUGCGGGAGCAACUUCAUACAAUGCGCGAUCGCAGGAUCGAGGAGGUUCUCGCGGCGAAGAAGGGCAUCAAGCAGAACAGCACCGGCAGCGGCCAUGGAAAUGGGUUCCCUGGGCUUCAUGGUGCCAAAUGGAAGCUCCCAGUUGGCCCUCGCUUUGGAAAGAAUUCCAAGGCGCUGGCGCAGAUGAUGACACCUUCCGCGCCAGCACCGAUGGAAUAUCCAACUGUGGCAGGCCGCAGAGACUUCACGCGCCGACCAGAGUCUGAAGGCCAAGGUGUACCGUAUCGGAGCGCAAAACGGAAGCUCAAGCUUGCAUUGCAGGAGUUUUACCGGGGCCUGGAGUUGCUGAAGGCCUACACGUUUCUGAACCGGACUGCAUUCCGGAAGAUUAACAAGAAGUAUGACAAGACGGUGUUUGCGCGUCCGCCGAUGCGAUACAUGACGGAGAAAGUAAACAAAGCCUAUUUCGUGCAGAGUGAAAUCGUCGAGAAUCAUAUAAUAGCGGUCGAAGAUCUCUAUGCCCGUUAUUUCGAACGUGGAAAUCGCAAGAUCGCAGUGGGAAAGCUGCGCAAUGCGAUACAGAAGUCAGGAGAUUACUCUGGCAGUACGUUCCGGACCGGCCUCAUGGUCGCCGCAGGUCUAGUUUUCGGCAUCCAAGGCCUGGUUUAUGCUAUACAGCUUCUUCGCGACCCUGAUCCUGCGGUUCAUAGCCAGACAAGCUACCUUCUCCAGUGGCGUCUUCUUCUUGCGGGGGUUUAUCCGGUCGAGUUUCGCGAUUUCUUUUUGGGAGAUAUGUAUUGUUCCCAGACCUAUUCCAUGGGGAAUAUCGAGCUCUUCUUCUGUCUCUAUGCAAACCGCUGGCGCAAUCCAGUCCAAUGCAACUCAUCCCAUUCACGCUUAUUAGGCUUCUUUACCACUCUUCCAUCCAUAUGGCGCGGCCUCCAGUGUCUUCGCAGAUACCGCGAUUCGAAAAGCGCAUUUCCCCAUCUCGCCAACUUUGCAAAAUACACAUGCGGUAUCCUAUACUACAUGACACUGAGUUUCUAUCGGAUCCAUAAAUACACCAGUUACCAGGGCUUGUUUAUCACAUUUGCAUUUGUAAAUGCCAUUUAUACUUCCAUUUGGGACGUUGCGAUGGAUUGGAGUUUAUGUAACCCAUACGCAAAGAACCGAUUUCUGCGGGAAAUUUUGGCCUUCCGCAGAGCUUGGAUAUAUUAUGUGGCCAUGGUCCUGGAUGUGGUGAUACGAUUCAAUUGGAUAUUCUAUGCUAUCUUUGCCUCUGAUAUGCAGCACUCAGCCGUCCUGAGCUUUUUCGUCUCACUUUCAGAAGUUUUUCGCCGAGGCAUGUGGACUAUUUUCCGUGUCGAGAACGAGCAUUGCACCAACGUCCACCUCUUUCGCGCGUCCAGGGAUGUACCACUCCCUUAUCCGAUUCCCUCAGCAGGUCCAAUAGGUCCUGCUGAAGAUCGCCCAUCGGCGGAGGAUGUGCAGUUGCAGGAGAGACCAGCAGCCGGUGCAGCUGCAGCAGAAAGUACAGCCAUUGACGUCGAGCACGGUAUACAACCGGCCAUGCGUCCGUCCAUACGGCAGCGCCAUAUGUCAUUUGUGGAUGGCAUUAACCGAAUCGGCAACAUCGUUACAUCUGCUCACGCUCAAGAUUUCGUACGCAGAAAGAAGCCUGAUCCAUUGUCUGGGAACGAGAUGCGUCACGAGGAGUCACAUAGUCCUGACACCAGUGAAGAAGAAGACGAAGGCGACUCCGGUCCAGCAGAUGAAGCAACAAUAUUAGGAGAGCUGCCUAGUCCGCACGCACUAGACGACAACUUCUCCAGGCACUAA